AUGGCCUUGUCGCUGCAAUGGCCCCUCCAACUCCCGCUCCAGCUCCAGGCGCGGCCUCCCGCCGUUACCGCGGGCCAUCACUGGCGCCGCCACCGACUCCUCCCCGUCUGCCGCUCCCUGCCGCUCCUCCGAGCUCGCUGUUGUGCCAGCGCCGCCGCUGCGGCCGACACGGGGAAGGCGCAGGCGGCGGCGAGGAGGGCGUACCCGUUCGACGAGGUCGAGCCGAGGUGGCAGCGGCACUGGGAGGAGCACCGCACGUUCCGCACCCCGGACAUCGGCGAGGGGCUCGACACCUCAAAGCCCAAGUGCUACAUCCUCGACAUGUUCCCUUACCCCAGGCAAGGUGCCCUCUGGCCAUCUAAUUUGCACCGCGCUGAUUUCGGGGCUGGGCUGCAUGUUGGGCACCCCCUUGGAUACACGGCAACUGACAUUCUGUCAAGAUUCAAGCGCAUGAAAGGCUUCAACGUUUUGCACCCAAUGGGAUGGGAUGCAUUUGGUCUUCCUGCUGAGCAGUACGCUAUUGAGACGGGAACCCACCCUAAGAUUACCACUGAAAGGAACAUUGGGCGCUUCACACACAGGCUGGCAUUGAUAUCUUGCAAUCAGGCCGAGGUACCGGUCAAUUGGUGCCCUGCUCUUGGAACUGUCCUGGCGAAUGAAGAAGUUGUAGAUGGUGUGAGUGAACGUGGUGGUUAUCCUGUUAUACGAAAGCCAAUGCGCCAGUGGAUGCUGAGGAUAACAUCUUAUGCUGAUCGUCUUCUUGAAGAUUUGAAUGAUCUUGAUUGGCCUGAGAGUAUCAAAGAAAUGCAAAGAAACUGGAUAGGGAGAUCAAAAGGUGCUGAGCUUGUUUUUUCUGCAGUUGACCAGGAAGGACAUGACCUAGGUGCCACUUUGUUGGUUUACACAACAAGGCCUGACACAAUUUUUGGUGCAACAUAUCUUGUUGUGGCACCUGAGCAUGUUUUACUGUCAUCUCUAACAUCUGAGGAACAACGAGCACAUGUAGAGGAAUACAGGGAUCUUUCAGCAAGAAAGAGUGAACUAGAAAGAACUGAUCUUCAGAAGGAAAAAACUGGGGUUUUCAGUGGUUCUUAUGCUAAGAACCCAGCAACCGGGGAAAUCAUUCCAAUAUGGGUGGCAGAUUAUGUUCUAGGAAGCUAUGGCACUGGGGCUAUCAUGGCAGUGCCUGCACAUGAUUCUCGUGACCAUGAAUUUGCCGUGAAAUAUGAACUUCCAAUCAUUAAGGUUGUAAGUCCACCGAAUGGUAAUUGUGAUCCAGUGGAGUCAUAUGAAGAUGAUGGCAUCAUGAUUAAUUCAUCUAGUUCUUCAUCUGGAUUGAGUAUUAACGGAAUGCUUUCCCAAGAUGCUGCUAAGAAGGUUAUUGAGUGGGUAGAGAGUAAUGGUUUUGGAAAGAAAAAGGUUAACUACAAGCUUCGAGAUUGGCUUUUUGCCAGACAGCGCUAUUGGGGUGAACCUUUUCCUGUGAGCUACCUUGAUGAUACCAAUGAAAUGGUUCCUCUUUCAGAAGAUGAGUUGCCCUUAACUCUUCCUGAAUUGGAUGAUUUUACUCCGACUGGUACUGGGGAGCCACCUUUGACUAAAGCAACGAAUUGGGUUAGAACCAUGGAUCCUUUAUCUGGGAAGCCCGCAAGAAGAGAAACAAGCACCAUGCCACAAUGGGCUGGAUCUUGCUGGUACUAUUUGAGGUUCAUGGAUCCCAAAAACUGCAGUAUAUUGGUUGACAAGGCUAAAGAAAGGUAUUGGGGUCCAGUUGACAUCUACGUUGGUGGUGCUGAACAUUCUGUCUUGCACUUGCUUUAUGCAAGAUUUUGGCACAAGGUUCUUUAUGACAUGGGUGUAGUCUCCACUAAAGAGCCUUUCAAGUGCCUGAUAAAUCAAGGAUUGAUACUAGGAGAAGUUGAGUAUACUGCAUAUAGAGACAAUGAAGGCAGAUGGGUUUCUGCAGACUCAGACUCAAGUUUGAUUGAUUGCUACCAAGAAAAAGUAGCUGCAGAUAAGGUUACAAAAGUUGGAGAUCAGUAUGUUCUGAAGGAUGAUCCAAACAUUCGUUUGAAUGCUCGUGCCUACAAGAUGAGUAAAAGUCGAGGGAAUGUCAUCAACCCUGAUGAUGUUGUUUCAGAAUAUGGUGCUGAUUCUCUUCGCUUGUACGAAAUGUUCAUGGGGCCAUUGAGAGAUUCAAAGACAUGGAGCACUGGGGGAAUCGAAGGUGUGCACCGGUUCCUUGGAAGAACAUGGAGACUCAUAGUUGGUCCACAAUUACCUGAUGGAUCAUAUAAUGAUGGAACCACGACUACUGAAGAUGAACCAACCUUGGAUCAGCUUCGAGUUCUUCACAAAUGUAUUGCAAGGGUCGCGGAGGAAAUUCAGGAAACAAGAUUUAACACUGCAAUAUCUGCAAUGAUGGAGUUUGUGAAUGCUGCAUACAAGUGGGAAACCCAGCCAAAAACUGUUAUUGAAUCCUUUGUUCUGCUGCUUUCACCCUUCGCACCACACUUGGCUGAGGAGCUUUGGUUUCGCCUCGGACAUCCACAAUCAUUGGCCUAUGAACAGUUUCCAGAGGCAAAAAGUGAGUACCUGGAGGAAUCAAAGCUUGUACUCCCUGUCCAAAUCAAUGGAAAGACCAGGGGUACAAUCCUUGUUGACAAAGCGUGCUCUGAGGAUGAUGUUUUCCAAAUUGCAGCCUCAGAUGAGAAACUCUCCAAAUAUUUUGAUGGAAAAGGCAUCAGGAAGAGAAUUUAUGUGCCUGGAAGGAUCUUGAAUAUGAAGGUUUUAGCAUUACAAGAUGGCAUGCGAGAAGAAAAGUUUUACUGUCAGGUUUGGAUUGGUGCUUCUUGCAGGAUGCAUUCUUGUGCCGAUGUCACUUGCCACAAUGUUCCGGCAUUCCGCGGUUCCUCUGCAAACAUUGAGAGCUUGUUGUUUUCAGUAGGUCCGGCUACUUCAGUAAUGUGGGGAGAGGAAAGAUUAGGCUCUCAUCAUUACGGUAGAAACAAAGGGCCCGUGCUGUGCGACUUUUCGAGCUCGAGAUCCGACGUGUGCGAGCUGAAAGGCGACGUCCGCGUCCUCCCCAACGCCACCAUCGUCGUCCGCCAUCCGUGGGCGAGGCGUCAAUCAUGGAAGAUGAAGCCGCACGGCAGGAAGAACGACCGGCACGCGCUCGCCCGCGUCACUGAGGUGACGGUGGCGUCGUCGCAUCACACCGCCGGCGCUGCUCCCCGAUGCACGGCCAUCCACACCGCCCCGGCGGUCGUAUUCUCUGUCGGCGGCUACGCGGGGAACAUGUUCCACGACCUGACGGACGUGCUCGUCCCGCUGUUCAUCACCACGCGCCGGUUCGGCGGCGACGUGCACCUCCUCGUCAGCAACGCCCAGCCAUGGUGGCUCGACAAGUUCCGGCCUCUGCUCGUUGGAUUCUCCCGGCACGCAGUAGUGGACAUGGGCAGGGGAAGCAGGGGCGUGCUCUGCUACCCCCACGUGAUCCUAGGCCUCGAGUUCCACAAGGAGAUGAGCGUGGACGCCGCGAGGACCGCCGUGGAGUACUCCAUGGCCGACUUCACCUUCCUCGCCCGACGAUCCUACGGCCUGACUCGGGACACGGCCAUCCGUCUCAGCGACGGCAACCGUUCCUCCGCCGUCCGCCCCAGGCUGCUCCUCAUCUCCCGGAAGUCGACCCGGGCGUUCACCAACGCCGGCGCCAUCGCGCGGGCCGCCGCCGCGCUCGGGUUCGAGGUGGUGGUGGGCGAGCCGGCGCGGCACGCGGACCUGCCGUCGUUCGCGCGGGUGGUGAACUCGUGCGACGUGCUGGUGGUGCCGCUGGGCGGGCUGGACGCGAUGGCCACGGAGGAGUUCGGCGCGCCCGCGCGCGACGCGGGGCUCAGGUACGUGCACUACGGCAUCUCCGUGGAGGAGAGCACGCUGGCGAGGCAGUACCCGCGCGACCACCGCGUGCUGAGGGACCCCGCGGCGGUGAGAAGGGAGGGGUGGAUGGCGCUGCGGGCGGCGUACCUGGUGGGCCAGAACGUGACGAUCGAUGUCCACCGGUUCAGUGGCGCCUUGCGCCGCGCCAUGGAGCUUCUCCGCCAGACCCACGAGUGA